AUGGAACCAAAAUUGAACCAGAAUGUGUCGCAGAGUGAGAAACAUGAACGUUUGGGAGUUGCCGAACUGGGUAAGUUUGGCGAAGAAGACCGAAUGCCGCGAUGGCUGGAGAUGAUGCUACAACUUCGCAGGGGGCAUGUUAAUAACAAUAUGGUAUCCGCCAUAGCCUCAAUACUGGCGAUUGAUCCAACUGUGGUGACGGCCCAUCUCUGCCAUGAGGCCACACAACACAUUUCGAAGACCGCUAUAGAGGAGACAUUUUGUGGCUAUCGAAAUAUCCAAAUGAUAUUGUCUUGCCUAAUCGGCCAUUCCAAAUCUCUCUCAAUGACUGAGGUCCCUUCCAUUCUUGACAUACAAGUGCUCAUAGAAAAAGCAUGGGAUAAUGGGAUAUUAUCCGAAAGUCGCAUCCAAACAGGGGGCAUAUUGAAAUCACGCAAGUAUAUCGGCACGCCAGAAGUCUGCGCACUUUUUACAAGUCUUAAUAUUCGGAGCCGUACCCAUCGAUUCAUCAGCCAGACAGGAAAAAGUUCGUAUGCGCAACUAGUCGAUGUAGUUCAGGCCUACUUCAGUAAUAGCAGGCAGCAAACAUCGAUACACGGAGAGAAAAUCCAUCAAACGGAGCUAUCACCAAUUUUUCUUCAGCGGCCAGGACAUUCGCUUUUAAUCAUUGGUGUCGAAAAGCGAGACAAUGGUCAUUACAAUCUAUUAGUCUUUGAUCCGGAUUAUAGAUAUCCGGACAAUAUAACAAAACUUUUGGCUAAAUUGAGAAUCUCCAGAUUCUCAAAGCUUCGCGACCAUAUCACAUCUUGCUACAGGCGCAGUGACGAACACUUCGCCAAAUACAGCGAAAUUGAGAUUCUUUACCCGGAUCCAAUUUGA